AUAUAAAUGUAAGAUAAAUGUAAGAUUUAUUCUCCUCCUCGAAAACGGCUGAAUUUUAAGGCGGUGACGAGCGCGAGCUCCCAGCACCGCCAGAUCCAACAGGUGUAGAUAAUUAGAGAGCAGCAGGUGCUGAAAACGACGACACAGAACGUCCCGUUUGGCUGCAAAUAUUGCAUUUAAAAAGCAAGAUAUAUAAAUAUUUUUACGGCAAUGAUCCUAAUCGGCUUUAAGCUGAGCGUGGUCCUCGUGCUUCUCCUCGACUUCACGGGCUACAGUGUUGAGGGACUCUGCAGUGUGGAGCACUGCACUGACACCACAAGAUGUAUUCUGUCUAAAGACCGAAAAAGUUGCAAAUGUGCCAGGGGAUAUUAUGCUGACCAGUGUGACAAAAAUGCACACAUUAAAGUCAUGUGUGGCAGAGACUACAUAACAAUCAGAGCAGUGGAGGAUUUCUUUAAGUAUCAUAAUGUGCCACUGGAGUCCCUACACUUACCCAACAAAUCUUGCCGUGCUCAGAGAGAGGUCAUUGAUGGUGUGCCUUACUACAUGUCCAAGAUAUCCAAAGACAAAUACCUGACUUGUGGAGGCAGGCCACUGGAGAAAAACUUUACUCACAUCUCAUACUCUCUGAGUCUACUAUCAGACCCUCGGGUUAUUGGAAACAUCAUCAGACAUCCAGUCAUUAAGAUGGACUACACAUGUGUCUAUCCAUACAUCAGAAGAGUCAGUCUACCCUUCCCAGUCAUCCCAUUUUCCAGUGAGACGGUGAUGCGUGUAGAUGAACUUGAUGCCACCAUACAGAUGAUGCUGUACACGGACCACACUUACACCAAGGCUUUCAGCAGCGCCCCCACCAUUGAACUCAGGGACAAGGUGUACGUGGAGGUGACGGUGACAGAGCCUGCAGAUUUUUUCCUGCUUCGGAUUAAUGAGUGUUGGGCCACGCAGUCUCCCCAGCCGAACACAACAGAGGGAUCAGUUCACACUCUGCUUCUAAAUGGGUGUGUGAACGACCAAACCGUCUUCUUUCUUAACGUGAGUGAGGGACAGUCUGGACGUAACGGAGAGGGUUCCACCGUUCGCUACAGCUUCGACAUGUUUCGCUUUACAGCAGAACCUCACGACCUCUAUCUUCACUGCACUGUGCAGCUGUGUGAGCCAGACGACCACACGUCCUGCAUACCUAACUGUAAUUCGAUUAGCAAGAGAGAAGCAGUGAGAGCUGACCCCAUCCAGGGCCUCCUGUCAUAUGGACCCAUCAGAAUCGAAAUGCCAAACAGACCUCCCUCCAGCAUAGUGACGGCAGUAGUGCUGCCUGUAGCAGGUGUCUGGACUGUCGGCUUCUUCCUCAUCAUCCUCAUCACUGUGGCAAAGGCAGGCAGCAGGAGGCUUGCACAAACAGAGGAGCAUUGACAACACUGCUGCUGCAGUUUGAAUAAAACAUUAAAAGCA